AUGGAGCUGAGGCACAACAGCCCUCCUGGCCCGACUCCCACGCUGACAAUGAGGAGGCCGACGCUCCAGUCUCGCAUGCCUCGUCCAGAUCCUCAAGAUGUGGGCGGAUCAACUCACCAGGAAUCGAUACUCCUGAGGAAGACAUGUCCCUUGAGGCCAUAACUCUUGUCUUGUUAUCGAAACUAGAGGAGCUAUCCCCAACUACUGCGGCGGCUCUAGCAGACGAAGACCUACAGCUUUUUUGCGACAUGGCCGAGCGUCUUGGCUUUCCGUUGACGAUCUGCUUGGACACAACAAAGACAUCCAAUGUGGCCUUCUGCCUUGCAGGGAAGGCUAAGGAACUCCUACUGCAGCAACACUCAUCCGGCCUACGUCGUCUCAUAUUCGACGGCGCUAUCGAGACUGUCAUUCGUGCUCGAUUAGGUCCUGAGAACCCGGACCAACGUCUCCAAUUUCUCAAAGCGGUAGAGGAAGGGCAAAAGUCCAUGAGGGUCGCUGAAACCGCAGAUGAAGAAGGCGGCACGGUAGACGAUGCUACACCGGAUGAUGGUCAUGCAGCUGAGCAAGAGCAGGGAGCGACUGCAGUUGGAAGGAUGGAGGUUGAAUCAACAACUCCCAUCACGCAGAUGGUGGGUCCCACGGUUGAACAGAUUCGGACCAAGCUUCCAGCGAAGAGGCCCAGGGAGGUCGAUCUGGAGGACAUCUCGAGCACCGACUCCAGCGACGGUGAGAACACCACGGAGAUGCCCCAAAAGAAGAAGUGGAAAGGAGACUGGCAGUAGCCAUCACGCCUCGAGUCGGGCUCGGGUGAAGUCGUCGGUACGUCAUGACUACCUUUUCAUGCGCCUAGCCGUACUGAACAAUCACACAGGCAAAAACUUAUCCUGAACGUCGCCGGCCUGAGAAGUGGGGAGAAACCCGCCUGGUCGGAUGGGAGAGCGAGGGGAUCAUCUGGGAGCUGACUACGUUCGGGGGGGUUCGGCUCGGGUGUGUUGUCAAUCUCGUCGUCACGACGCAAGGGUCGCAAGAAAUCGGGUGCGACUGGCGUGGCUGGGCGCUACUGAUGAGGCAGCUUGGCUUGACAGACGUGUCAAUGAGGGGUGGCUUCGCGCACAAUUUGUUCACUGAUUACCUGUCAUAAUUGCUUAUCUCUGUUCUCAAUGCGACCUG